AUGAAUGCAUUCUUUGACGGUUAUGUACAUGCUAGGACAAACUUAAAGGAGUUUGUAGACCAAUUUGAUAACGCGUUGAAAAAGAAGAUUGAGAAAGAAAAUCUCGCAGACUUCCAGUCAUUUAAUGUCACAAUCCCCCUCAUAUCUCGAUCUCCGAUUGAAAAGCGGUUCCAAGAGUUGUACACAAUUGCGAAGUUCAAGGAAGUUCAGCAGCAAGUCAACGGCAUCAUUGACUUGAAUCCGAAGUUACAUAAAAGUGAUGGGAAUGUAAAGACAUAUAUGGUUGAGGAUGAAGUAGCUCUGGAGGAGUUCACUAAGUUGGUUCGGCAUUUUGUGGACUUUAGUGAGGAUGAUGCAGUUGCAAAGUGCUCUUGUGGUUUAUUUGAGAUGAGAGGGAUAUUGUGUCGGCACAUCUUGGCUGUAUUCAGGUGUAACAAUAUUAGACAUUUGCCAAAAAUAUACAUUUUAGAUCGAUGGAGGAACGAUAUUAAAAGGCGAUACACAUUAAUCCACAGUAGCUAUGAUGAGGGGGACCAACGGCCAGAUGCUAAUAGAUAUGCAAGUCUCUUAAGUAUUUGUUAUCAGAUGAUCACUCAUGCAGCUGGUUCGAGAAAGCAUACUGAGGAUGCGAGAAGUAAGUUAUAUGCCAUGAUUGAGCUGUAUCGUGCAAAUGAAGAACCCCCAUCUUUCACUCAAAUUGGUUCUAAUGUGGAUCCUUCGGCAAAUGACACUACGGUCGGGUGUCCUGGGGAAGUACACAGUCCACGUGUUGUGCGAGGUAAAGGCAGACCUCCAUCUCUAAGAAGAGCAUCCAGGAUGGAGAUAGACAUGAGGAAAGCAAAAGCAAAGACAAAGAAAGCACCGGUAAAGGGAAAGCGGAAAGAGGCUAUUCCGGGUGUGGGUAUAGACAUUACUGGAACACAGUCCCGAGAAAUCGUGAUGCAGAGUCAAGAAAGUAUGCAAGUUGGGUUGGAUGGAUCACUCUUGGAUUUGUUUGGGUUGGGCGGAACACAACGGUUGGAAUGA